UUUUUCAGUUCAGGUUAUGUUUUCGAUGUCAAAAUUGCAGUUGCUAUUCUGGCCUCAUAACGUCACCUCUCUCGUCUGAACAUUUGAUGGCAGUAGAGGUCUUAGAGCAGACUUUCAAAAGGUGUGGCCUAUACGUCCCUUCUCUCCAGUCACAUGAAAGACCCUUCACACGCGAACGAUCAGUGAGGGCGGUGGAUCAUUUACUAACUCUUCUUUACAAAAAUGCCUUCGAUUCAGAGCUUAACGAUGACUUACGAUGCGCUGAAUGAAUACGGGACGUUUUCGGAGGGAGACACCAUAACUGGAAAAGUAACACUGGCCUUAUUAAAGGAGACCACAGUUGAAAGCUUCUUCGUGAAAGCAAAAGGAGACGCUGAAGUGCGUUGGACACAAAAGAGCGGCGAUCGCACCCAUACAUACUCUUCACACCGGAGAUAUUUCAAACUGAAGCAGUCUUUUAUCCCAGAGGGCUCAAAUGAUACUGUAAUUCCUAGAGGGACCCAUGUCUAUAAAUUCAGCAUUAAACUACCAUCAGUAAGCAUGCCUACAUCCUUCAAGGGGACUUAUGGGAAGAUUGUUUACAAGCUCGAAGCAAAGUUGUCCAGGAGUUGGAGGUUGGACCGUUCAGUAGAGCACAAGAUCAAUUUUGUCUCCAAGUCCUUUCCAAACCUUCAAUCUCUGAUGUCACGUCAAGUUGGUUCAACAAAGAAAGAUCCGGGGCUUUUCUCAAACGGACAAGUAAAAAUGGAUGCCAUCAUUGACAGGAGGGCUUAUGCCCCAGGAGAAACAGUGGUGAUUGUUGCAAAAAUCAACAAUGCCUCAUCCAGUAGCAUGACACCCAAAUUCAGUUUAACCCAGAAUGUGGUGUACCGUGCCAACAGCAACACCAAACAUGAAAGCAACGUUAUCCAGAAACUGUGUGACAACUGUAUUAAAUCCAAAACACAGACGGAGGUCAGAUGUGCCAUAAAGAUUCCCUGUAAUCAGAUGCAGACAAUCAACAACUGUGAAAUUAUCUCAGUGGAAUAUUAUUUAAAGGCGUAUCUGGACAUCAGCUUUGCUUUUGAUCCGGAGGUCGUAUUCCCACUGAUCAUUAUUCCUCGUGACCUAGCUCCUGGCUCUCAGUCUGGUGUUUCUGUGGGUCCCUAUCCAGCAGAGGCUUCUUGGGGUCCAAGCAACAGUGACUUCCCUCCCUCUGCGGUGGCCAUGGGUUAUCCUGCAUCCCCACAUUCAGGCAGAUAUAGAUACCCAGGAGCCCAACAGUACUCAGCACCAGCACCAGCACCAGUGUACUCAGACAACCAACCAGCAUAUGCUGGUCCACCCACGUACCCUGCUCAAGCCACACACAUGAGCAGGGGUUACAAUAAUCCAGCGCCACAGCAGCCUUCUCCGUAUGGAUCCCCAUUUUCAUCUUCAUCAUCUUCUUCUGUGCUUCACCCACCGCCUACUGCCCCAACAUUUCAUCCACCCCCAUCUGCUCCAGCAAUUCACCCAAACCCUUCUGCUCCAUCAGCAUUCAACAUGUCUCCAGCUGCUCCGCCAUACAGCCUGCUGCCUUCUGCACCAAUGAUGAACACAGACUUCCUGUCUCAAAAUGAUGAAGCUCCACCAUCUUAUUCGCUUCUUUUCCCGUCCUCUGCUGAUGAAAAUUCUGAUGCAAAAUAACAGAACGUGUGCUUAAUGACUGAUUCAGUUUACUAAUCCUGAUGCAAAAUACCAAUAGGUACUAACAAAGUAUUAAAGCCUUACAUUAUACCUCAAUAGUGUCUUGCAAAAAUUUGAAGGUUGUAAGUGUAAUUUUAAAGUGAAAUGCAUUGGGUGCGGUGUUAAUUGUUUGCAUGGUUUACAUUUAUAUAGGCCUAAAAAAAGGGCUUUGUAUCAUGUAUGAAUUGUUUUCUGGUCUGGUCUGAUUGGUUUUGUCCAGCCACUAAUAUAAUCACUGAGAUCUCAGUGACUACAUCAGUGUUUUUAGGAGCCUUGUUCAACUCAACUGUCUGACCACUGUUGGAUCAUUUUUUCCAGUAUUAUUGUUUAUACCUACCUCACUCUUCUGCUUUGAGGCUAGUCCAAAGAAACUUGACAACAUGUGGCCUUCUAGUUCAAGAAAAAAUGUUUUUAACUACAGUAUCAGUUGUUUUUAUGUUUUUAACUAUAGCAGUCAACAUAUAUUUUGCUGUAUAGUGAGAUAAAAACACACAACUUCUGUCUCUUUCACUACACAAUAAAACCUGA